GGAGUGAUUGACAGAUGGACGGUGGGCGGAGGGCAGGGCUUGUCCUUCUGUUCCAAUCCUUUUCUAUUGCUCGCUCGCUUCUGCGCGUUCUCGCCUCGCUCGUGCACUCCGCGCGCGCGCCCACGAGAGUCUCCCACUUGGCGUGGCUGCUCUUUGCAGGGAAGGAAGGAAGAUAGGAGCGUAGGAAGGAAGGCAGCCAGGAAGAUUUGGAAGAUGCUCGGAGGAGACGAGGAGCGCUUUCUGGCGGGAUGAGAAGAGCACGCGCGAGCUGACGGACGGCGCACUGCGGAGGCGCCAGGAAGAGAGUAGACGUGAUUAUUGGCUCCUUUUGCGUUAUCACGUGUUAUCGAUCGGUGCCGAGCGGAACCGGGACCCCGCCCGCCUGGAUGGAGGCAGGCGAGCACGUGCAUGAUCUGCAGGCUUCCCACAAUCUGCAAUGGGAUUUACUUGUUCAGAUGCUUGAUUGACAGGACGGCACGGCACGGCACGGCGCGGCGCGACGCGGCGCGACGCGGCGCUGCACGACACGGCCGCUCCUCCCCUCUCACCCCCACCCACCCCACAACUGACCGAGGACCCCCCCCUUCACACGCACAAACAAGCACCACUCCCCAGCCGUGUCUUUUCGACAUCCUCACAAAGCGGCUGACGGCCAACGACGAACACCUCGAGGAAUCAAUGAGGGCUUUGGGACGCCUUUAGCCCCGCCUCCGCAGCCACACCCUACGUGAAGAGGACCGCCCCUUCUCAGGAGCGCGGCCAUGGGGGGCCGCUGGCCGCCGGCCCUGCCGGUCCUCCUGGCGGCGUACUGGCUGGUCCCGCUGAGCGGCGCGUCGUCAUCCAUGCUGUGUCCCGAGCGCUGCACCUGUCAGAACCUGCUUCCGUCCUACACCGUUCUGUGCGCCAAGACGGGUUUGCUCUUUGUGCCGCCUAACGUCGACAGACAGACGGCCGAGCUGCGCCUCAUGGACAACUUCAUCACCACGCUCAGGCACCGAGACUUCGCCAACAUGUCCAGCCUGAUCCACCUGACGCUGAGCCGUAACACUAUCAGCCAGAUCCGGCCGUUGGCCUUCGCCGACCUCCAGGACCUGCACGCCCUCCACUUGGACGGCAAUCGUCUGACUAACCUGGACGACGCCCACUUCCAGGGCCUGGUCAACCUGCGUCACCUCAUCCUUGCCAACAACCAGCUGCACCGCAUCUCCCAAGGAGCCUUCCAGGACUUUCUGGAGACCCUGGAGGACUUGGACCUAAGCUACAACAAUCUGGUGAACGUCCCGUGGGAAACCAUCUCCAUGCUUGCAAGCGUCAACACACUCAGCCUGGACCACAAUCUCAUUGAGAGCGUUCCCGAGGGAAUCUUCUCCAACCUCCACAAGCUGGCCAGGCUGGACAUGACGUCCAACAAGCUGAAGAAGAUCCCGCCCGACCCCCUCUUCCUGCGCAUCCCGGUGUACGCCAAGAUGAAGGGCUCGCCGUUGACCGCCUUGGUCCUGAGCUUUGGCGGGAAUCCGCUGCACUGCAACUGUGAGUUGGUCUGGUUACGGCGCCUGACCCGCGAGGAUGACCUGGAGACCUGCGCCUCCCCUCGAGACCUCGCCGGGAAGUACUUCUGGACCAUCAGAGAGGAGGAGUUUGUGUGCGAAGCUCCGAUGAUCACUCGCCACACGUCUAAGAUGUUUGUGAUGGAGGGCCAGGAGGUGAGCCUGCGCUGCAAGUCCAUGGGCGACCCCGAACCCUCCACCCAUUGGGUCAGUCCCGACGGGAAGCUGAUGGGCAACACGUCGCGCACCGUCUGCUAUGACAACGGCUCGCUGGAUAUCCUCAAGGCUUCCGUCAAGGAUUCCGGAAAGUUCACGUGCAUCGCAUCCAACGCGGCCGGCGAGGCCACGGCGCCAGUGGAGCUGGUGGUCAACCCCUCGCCGCACUCAGAGCCCAAGCCGGACGCCGACCCGGGGCCCUCGGACGUGCCCACGUCCAUCAAGUCCAACGGCGGUCAGGCGCGAGUCGCCCAGCAGCGGGUCAGCGUGUCCGAACUAACGGCGAGCACCGCCCUCAUCACAUGGCCCGCGCAAAACCACAUUCCAGGCGUGCGCACCUACCAGAUCCAGUACAACAGCUCUGCGGACGACUUCCUCAUCUACAGGAUGAUCCCGGCCAAUCACAAGUACUUCCUGUUGAGCGAUCUGGCGUCCUCCCGCGAUUACGACUUGUGCGUCCUGGCCAUCUACGACGACGGCCUCGCCGCCUUGACCGGCACAAAGAUGGUGGGAUGCGUCGCCUUUGCCACCGAACAAGAGUACGGACGGUGUCACUCCAUACGAGACCAGUUUUUGGGUGGCACCAUGAUCCUGAUCCUCGGCGGCAUCAUCGUGGCGUCCGUUCUGGUCUUCAUCUUCAUUCUGCUGAUGAAGUACAAGCUGCACAGCAACCACCACCACAAACACAACACCGACGCCCGACACGCCCACGUCUGUUCGCAGACCAACGGAGGGGGCGGAGGCACCGCCCUGCCCUCACCCGGACAAGGCACACACAAAGGCCGCCAGCUGUCUGCGGACGGGUUGCCGGCCGCCGCUACCGCCGCGGGCCUCAGGGGAACGACCGUUGUGGAUUUGAGCGCCGCCGCCGCGUCGCAAUAACAAAGGGAAGCAAUUGUCUAUCAAAGCCAAUAUUCCACAGCCCCUCCCCGUUAUUAUCAUUUGGUUUGCCGCCGGUGCCCAGGCUGAGGAGGUGAGGCAGUGACCAGCGUCGUCCCGCGCCGGAGCCUUCCUGGUUGCAUGAAGCAACCCCUGCGCACCCAAACUCACAAGCAAAGUGAGUCCACAUCAGAUGGUCUGGCACCACCAGGACUUCUUUGCACUUUUGGGACGCCCGACCCACGUUGCCCGGCUCCUUCGCCAGAAUCGACGAGUAAAGUACUCGUAUCGUCGAAUGGAAACAAUCGCCUUUCCGUGAAGACGCUUCCUCGAGCGGCGGUCUAUAGAGAGCAGCCGACGAGGGACAUUGCGUGAAGAAUGCUCUUUUUAAAAAUGUUCCGUUUAGAACAUUCCAGAAGACGACUCGGUGAAAAACAUUCAUGAUGGAGGAAUAAUUCUCAGAGCGUCUGUCACUAUACGGUACAUUUUGUUCUGUGUAGAUCACGGAAGAACCCGAGUCUGAACAUUUGAGGACUGCGUGAGAAACAUAAACUCCAAACGAGCUCUCUGUUGAGCACACUUCUCGGUUGUUUUGAUUGUUUCACUCUGCAGCGCCACAAAGCCACACGUUUUGCUUUCACUGAAAAGACAAAAGUGGGAUUUAUAAAGAAUGAAAUAAAACAAGUAUUUUCAUCGUUAAA